AUGAAGGCCAUUCUUCCCGGAAAGCCGGAGGCGAGCCUACAAGGUGUCUCGACCGGCUACUGGGACAGCAAGCGCGUGAUUGUCUACAUCAGCGGCAACGCCCUUGCGAUUCUCUCCGAUCCUGAGACGAUUCUACAGACCAUCUACGAUGACGACGAGAGGACUUUGGAUGCCGUGGCUUUUGAUGAAUACUCUGGAAAGAUUGCUGCAUGUACAGGCUCGACAGUCAGGAUAUACCGCCCAUUCGACGGCGAGCAGAGAUGGUUCUUAGAGUCGACUUUUGAGAUCGAGGAUGCUUCGACUCCCGCAACGCUCUCUUGGGGAAGCUCCGAAGAGCUGCUAGUCGGUCGGCGGUCACUGCGGCUUUACGAUACGACCUCGAAACCUCCCGCCUGCCACUGGAAGAAAGACCUGGCUACGCCGGCCAAGACAGCGGUCUUAUCGUAUGAUUCGGCUUAUAUAGCUUCUGUCGGACACAAUGAUCGAUUGGUCAAGGUCUGGCGCCGACUCAAUUUUGGAUCAGAGGACGUACACUUCGACUUUGGCUACCUGCCACACCCUCAGGCAGUGACGAGCAUACAGUGGCGCAAACCGUUCCAUGUCGACCAAACUAUCGAAAACGUUCUGUACACCUUCUGUGCAGACCAAUAUCUGCGAGUUUGGACGGGCGCCGACGGGCAUGGCUGUGAAACUCUUAGGCUCUGGGGUAAACUCAAUCUGGCGACCGCUAUUCAGGAUGAGACGUUACGCCAGGAUCCCAGAUCUCAAAGCCGCUUAGCCUUCAUCAUAAGCCAGCGAGAUCUCGCCGCCGCAACUGAGACGGCCGUACAGGACAAGGACGACGGCGUGGAAAAGGAUGUUGCGUUGCAGUAUCUCAUAUCAAUCGCAAACAGAGACACGGAAAUCUGCAUGGUCUUGGAUGGCCAUGGAAAUAUGGCAGCAUAUGCUUUGGAGGGUGUGAGCAGCAAGUCUCAAAGUACCAACCACAUUGACAAUGUUGCCUUGACGAAGUCCCGGGAUCUUGACAUCACAAAAGGGUUCGACGGCGAGCUGCCCCACAUCGAGAUCCAAAGUUACUGCAAUAGAUCUGCCGGGCAUCUUCAUGUGCUCUUUCAUCACUUUGAUGGCAAGGUAGAGGUGUUUGAGAGCAAUAUAGCGGAUCUACUUGACCCAACCUCCAGGUCAGGUCGUUUGCAUCACCGAGCUACGUGGUCGGGCCAUUCUGCUUCAGUCAAGAAGAUUGUGCGCAAUUUCAGUGGCCGCUCUAUAGUUUCCAGGACAGAAGGUGGAGAGAGCAUCGUUUGGAAGCAUGCCGCACACCCUCGAGACACAAAGCUUCUCCGCCACAAUGUGAUUGCUGAAAAGAGACACAUCCACAGAAUAUGUCUAUUAAGAGGCGGAAGUUUUGUCGUCUUUUUACAUCACGACGCCAUAUGUCUAUGGGACUGUCGACAUUCGGAGCCUCGAUUACUCGCAGAGAUUCCGUACCAAGUAUCCGGCAACCCUCUCUGCCUUGUUGUGCUUCCAAGGCAUAGUGUCAAAGAGGUUGAUGUAGCACAUAUUGCCACGGUCACAUCCGCACACCGUGGUGUCGUAUGGCAACUCAACUUGCCAAUCAAGGCGGAAACAAAUGGCUAUAAACCACAAGCAAAUGGCCACAAAGCUGAAGAAUCUGCCAUUCAAGAAUUCUGCACCUUCAACCUCGAAGGGACUGAGGACCUGGCCUAUGUUCUUCCUGUGGAUCCGGCCGGCUCGGCUCCAGUUAUAUCUGGGUUCCUGGACGUUUUCGCUCGCGAUAUAGCGGUUUCGUACACCCACGAAGGACGAGUAGAGUUCUGGACUGCGCGUGUGGACAGAAAUCGUGAUCGCGUAGAAUGGCUUUCAACUUCAUCUAUGGAAACUGGAGUCUCCAAGCCCGCCCUCGUAAGUGGCAGUACAAUGAAAAAGGCUGCCUUGGUCAACUCUAGUCGCUCAGAAGUCACCAUCUGGGAUAUCAAAGGUGCCAAACUGGAAUAUGCCCAAGACUUUGAGAGCCACAACACGGUACAGGACCUUGAUUGGACAUCGACGCCUGACUCGCAAUCCAUUUUAGCCGUCGGAUUCCAAUAUCGUGUUGUAUUGCUUUCACAAAUGCGUUUUGAUUACCUGAACAAAGGUCCUGCAUGGGCACAGAUUCGGGAAAUCAGCAUCCGAGAAUACACACCGCACCCAAUCGGUGACUCGACCUGGCUCAGUGGAGGUAAUCUAGUGAUCGGAGCAGGCAAUCAGUUGUUCAUGUAUGACCGCAAGUUUGAAACGCACAGUUCGCUUGUUACAACAGCUCGACUACCGCCUCGCAAAGAUGGGCUGCGAGACCUUUUCGAGGUAACGCAGCGUCUCAAUGGCCCGCUACCUGUGUUUCAUCCACAAUUUCUCAGUCAGUGUAUGCUUGCUGGCAAGAACUACCAAGUCAAACGAAUACUUCUGGCCUUGAAUCAUCUUCUCAAAUACUAUGUCGAGGGCGACGUCAUCGAUGAUCACCUGGGCAUGGAUUUGGCAGACUUCUAUCUUGGUGACAGUGCAUCGAGACCAAAUGGUAAUGAUCCAACAUCAUAUUUGAUGCGCCGCAUGUCGAUAGACGACAGUGAAGACACGUUCACAGAAGACACGGCUCUAGCUAUAUGCGAGCGACUCCAGAAAAUCGGGCUUCCACAGCUAUCGGGUCAUGAACAGAUCCAACUGAUAGACAUUGUCGAAUGUGUUGGGAUGGUGGAACAACAACGCCGGUCCAUGGAUGAGAAUGGCGCGCGCUUCAUGCUCUUCUUCCGACAGCACGCACUACACAAACGACGGACGAACGAGAUUCACAUGUCGUGGCGUGAGAUCAAUUGGGCCUACCACUCGACAAGUCAGGACAUUUUGACCGACUUUGUAUCUCGACAGCAUCACGGAAGUAUGCUGUGGGAGAAUGCCAGGGAGAGCGGAAUAUUCAUGUGGCUUACAGAUGCAGCCGCGUUGAAAGCGCAGUUCGAAGUAAUUGCUCGAAAUGAGUAUACCAAGGGCGAGUUCAAAAACCCUGUUGAUUGCAGUUUGUUCUACCUUGCACUUCGAAAGAAAACGGUACUACAAGGGCUGUGGCGUAUGGCCAGUUGGAACAAAGAACAACGUGCCACGCAGAAGCUCCUGGCAAACAACUUUGACGACCCUAAGCACAAGACUACCGCGCUCAAGAAUGCCUAUGCUCUCAUCAGCAAGCGACGUUUUCAGUAUGCCGCUGCAUUCUUCCUACUUGCAGACCACCUGCAAGAUGCUGUAAACGUUUGUCUUAAUCAGAUCAAAGACUUGCAACUUGCAAUAGCAGUGGCCCGAGUAUAUGAAGGAGACCAAGGCCCCGUGCUCCAUAGGCUCCUAGAGAAUGAGGUGUUGGCUAUAGCAGCUCAGGAGGGAAACCGAUGGCUUGCCUCAUGGGCGUUCUGGAUGCUCAAGCGUCGGGAUAUGGCUGUACGGGCUCUCAUCACGCCGGUUUAUACGCUACUCGAGACUCCAGUCUCGCCAGAUCUUAAGGCGAAGCUCUACCUCACGGAUGAUCCAGCACUUGUGGUCCUCUAUGCACAGCUGCGGGAGAAGACUCUGCAGACCCUCAGAGGAGCAACCAAGAUUUUGCCUCGCACAGAGACAGAGUUUGUGCUUCACAAUGCCAGACUGUAUGACAGAAUGGGUUGCGACUUGCUAGGUCUUGACUUGGUGCGCAAUUGGGAAUUCCUGCGCACACCAGUCAAGGCGGAGACUGGGCUGGGAGGUGGUAUCGUAGACCCCAGGAAACUACUGCGCAGAAGGUCUAGCUUGGUGGUAGCUGACAUACCCAUGAAUCCCUUGGGUGAGAUGAAGAGUGUCAACAAGGAAAAGCAACAGCCGACUGUCUUUGAGGAGCCGGACGCGGGAAGCCUAUUGGAUAGCUUUGGCUUCUAA